AUGUUUCGCUGUAUCGAGCGUACUGUGUGCGAGCCGUGCAGGACAUUUGUACCACUGUGCAGACUUGCACCCACUGAGAGCGAACCAGGAGAUUUUCAGUCGACCAAGGCACCAGGUGGCAUGGCUGCCACCUGCGAUGAAUCGUUUCUGGUCUGCCUUCACCAUCUCCCCUACCCUUCAGACGUUCGUCCUCUGUCCCCCCCCCCCCCGUCGCCCUCUCUUUCUCCGCCCUCCCCGUCGCCCUCGCUCUCCCCCCUCCCCUCCCGACGCCCUCUCUUUCUCUCCCGUUCGCGCUCUCCCUCCCGUCGCCUUCGCCCUCACGGUUCCGUCGCCUGUCCGCUCUCCCUCACGUCGCCUGUCCACACUCCCUCCCCUCGCCUUCUCGCUCUCCCUCCCGUCGCCUUCGCGCUCUCCCUCCCGUCGCCUGUCCGCCUCCCUCCCAUCGCCUGUCCGCUCUCCCUCCCGUCGCCUUCACGCUCUCUCUCCCGUCGCCUUCACGCUCUCUCUCCUGUCGCCUUCACGCUCUCCCUCCCGUCGCCUUCACGCUCUCCCUCCCGUCGCCUGUCCAUCCUCCUUCCCAUCGCCUGUCCGCUCUCCCUCCCCUUGCCUUCGCGCUCUCCCUCCCCGUCGCCCACUCAUUCUCCUCUCCCUCCCGUCGCCUGUCCGCUCUCCCUCCCGUCUCCUUCACGCUCUCCCUCCCGUCGCCUGUCCGCUCUCCCUCCCGUCGCCAGUCCGCUCUCCCUCCCGUCGCCAGUCCGCUCUCCCUCCCCUCGCCUUCGGGCUCUCCCUCACUUCGCCUGUCUGCUCUCCCUCCCCUCGCCUUGGCGCUCUCCCUCCCGUCGCCUGUCCGCUCUCCCUCCCGUCGCCUUCGCGCUCUCCAUCCGGUCGCCUUCCCCGAUUUAUCUCCUAUCGCUCACGUCCUCCCCUCCCAUUGGCAUCGCGCUCACGUUCCUCCCUCCCCUCGCCAUCGCGCUUACGUGCACAUGUCUUCGCAUCGCCUUCGCGCUCACGGCCUCCCUUCCUGUCACGUCUCGCGCCAUCGUCGAAGCCAGCAAGCACGUCUCGCGCCGUCGCUAUCUCCGAUCACGUCUCGCGCCGUCGCUAUUUCCCCCCAUCACCCCGCCGCGCUCGCUAUUUCCCCCCCUCUUCCCGUCGCGCUCGCUAUCUCCCACGCGAUCUCGUAGCGAUCUCAGUCGCCGUUGCGAUUUCCUCCCUUUGCCGUCGCCUGCGAUCUCCCCCCUUGUACUGUAA